CUUCCACGGCUCGUACUCUCUCCCCAUUUGCACGAGAUAGACGAGCAACAAACGCACGAUCGCCUGCCGCGAAGUGCACCACUCCCCGUGCCGUGCCUUGCCGUCGGCAAGCCGACUUCCAGGGCGUCUCACGCUUCACUCGAAUGGUGAACACAAUACGUGUGACACUAUGCGAUCGAGUCACAAUGUGCCCUCGGCUUCGGAACAACUGAGGGCGCAUGUCAAAUGCCUGCAGGGCGAUUGUCGACAAACAUCGGCCCAUCAAGGGUCGAAUGAGCGAUGUCCCGUUGGGCCCACCUCCAUCGGAGGACCGCGAGAAGGACUGACGUCAUCCCAAUCCUUUUGAAACGCAGUGCGGAAUUGCAAGCUCGUAAUACGGUCACUCAAUCCAACGCCAGCCCGUGGCUUGUAGCCGCCGGCGGAGCUGGCUGGGUGGGGGCCGCAGGAGGCUUGUGGUAUCUCAGCACGAAAGGUAACAAUAAGCUCAGAUCCUCGCUGGCUUCCACUAAGAAGACACAGCAAGUGAAAAGCAAGCCGAAUGGAGGGUUCCUCUCCAAAUUGGGCGGGAAAGCCAGUGCCUUGCGCCGCUUGAAGUUCUGGAAGCGUCAUGACUCUCAGACCGGCGUUUCAGAGACAAUUGAAAGGCGCCAAUCAAAGCCAAAAGGUGACAGCCGCGACCUGACGAAAAAGCAGUAUGCCGCACUUUGGGGUACGAUGGGAGGUGUCACAGGGGGAUUGUUGAUCCACGCGGGGUGGACCGGGUAUCAGAAAUACCGCAAACAAGCUGCCGAACUGAGGGCGCUGAACAGACCUUUCGAGCCUAAUCCUCAAUUGGCCAAAGAAGUACCACUCGUAACGCAACCAGCGGCGAAAAUUGGCGGCGGAGGUCUCUUCUCCAAAAUCACUGGUAUAUUCCGAAAAGUGCCACACCUGCGCCGGCGUGAGAUGGGGCUGGAUGAGACAGAAACUCUGCAGGGCGAAGAGCCAAGCUUCCUAGGUGCACGAGACGGCACCACUAAGAAGGCUGUGGGAGGGACGGCUGGCGUUCUAGGCGCGGGAGCGAUCGGCUUCGGUGCGGGCGCCGGCCUCUAUUACGCCCGCCUUCAUCACAAGGAGAUGAGAUCUCUCAAGAACCAAGGUCUAAUGCCUGUGCAAGCUGCACGCAAGCCGAUGAGCGUCGAUGGCAGCCUAGACAGCUCCAAGAAUGCCUUCAAGAGUGCUCUUUCCAGAUUUGGUCGCUUCAAGAUUUUCAAGCGAGACCAAGGCACUGCAACGACGGCCACUCUCGGGGGCUUGACGGUUGGGGCCCUUGGCCUAGCUGGUGCAGCAGGCUACCAUGCGUACAAGCAGGAUCGAAAGAUGAAAAUGUUACAGAAUGGCUUGUACUCGACGACGAGGAAGCACUAUGCUACAGCCCAGCUUGGAGGAGGAGGCCUGACGAAGCUCAAGAACGUGUUCAGCGCGGGCCUUUCUAAGCUAGGCCGCCUCCCGAAGAUCUUCAAGAGGCACGAGAUGCCCUCGUCAAGCCCAGCUCCCUUCGAGCUGCAAAUGUGAGUGUUCUGUGCGGCAAACGCCUGCUGUUCCA